AGUUUCUCCUAACAAAGUGUUUAGCUCAGAGCAAUAGUUGCCGCAUUCCACUCCUGUCGGCAUGCAUUUGCUUGUGCUUAGUAACAGAGUGACGAUAGCCGUGAAGGGUAACGACCCACGUUAGCUAAGGAGCAUGCAUUCGCGUGCGUAAGAUCUCAGGAUAUGUUUCUCCCUAACUAAAUCUAGCUGGAGGUCGAAGCUCUUUGAAACUUCUUUACGAGGGAUACGUGGUUCGCUUCUGCAUUUUAGGAAUUCCUAAACGCAAAUGUCGCUGUUAGAGAGGAGAGCGGCGCUCUUUACUGCACGCUAGCGUCACGUGUUAGCACCGCGUGUUAUCAGGGACCUCGGGAAUUGCUUGUACCGGCCUAUAGGUCUUGUGGUGGUAACGCUUGAUGGUAACCCUUUCCCUUCAUCGUCGUCCAAUGGGUCGUGUACGCGACGCACGAGGGUCGUUCAUGGGUGUCGUGCUCUUGCUGCUAGCGGUUCAGCAGCAGCGGCUGGUGUCAUGCCAGGGGGCGACGACAGGUACCACCUGUCCCACUCCCACCGCCACCGUGCAUGUGGCCGAGGGCGGGCGUCUCACAGGCUGCUGCGGCCAGAACCCUCAGCAGGCAUGCGGUUCCGUACAAGCAGCGCUUAACAGUGCGUCAGAGGGCGCCACUAUUCACAUCGCAUCAGGCUCCUACACCCACGCCUCCCCCUCGCCCCUCCUCUUGCCCCACCAACGUCUCACCAUCCUCGGCCCCCCCUCACCCUCCCCCCCGCCCUCAUUGACUGUUCCUACGGCCCCUGCUUCCAAGCCCUCUGCCCCUCCACCACCAUCACCACCCCUGCUGCUCUCCCUCUCCCCUCUCCUCUCCCCUCCUUUUCCUCCUCCCCCUCCUCCCGUUUUCCUCCUGAUGCGCCUGGUGCUGCUGGCACUGGGGAUGCUGUAGCAACGGGUAUAGCGACAGCUACAGAGACAGCUGUAGGAGAAUCCGCAAAAGGAGCAAUGCUGCAAUCAGGAACGGCAGCAGCAACGGCAGCAGCAGCGCCUCUGGAUUCAACUUGCAGCAGGUCCCUCAUAACGAUCUCUCGCCUGCACGUAGUGAAUGGAUGGUCAAGGAGCAAGGGCGGGUGCAUGCUGCUCCAAGGAGUGAACGCAGUGCUGAG